AUGCCCCGGUUACGAUUACUUGCCCCAGUUGGCCCACAUUUUCUGGUGCUGCUGCUGGCGGUGCUUGGUGGCGCCCGCGGUCAGGGCAGCUUUGAGGAUGCGGACAAGGCUAAUGAGUACACGGAUCAGCAGUUCGAUUUGCGACACACAAUACCCGGCGAGCCGGGCGUCGACUAUCCCAUACUGAGCGAGGUGCCCAAGACGAGCUUUGUGUGCAGGGGUCGACACGAAGGCUACUAUGCGGAUGUGGAGAGUCGCUGUCAGGCGUUUCGCAUCUGCGCACAUACCGCACGCUCCGCACAGGGCUUUGGCUUCCUCUGUCCGAAUGGCACCGUCUUUAGCCAACAGAAGUUUGUCUGCGACUGGUAUCGCAAUGUGGACUGCGAUCAAUCGGAGCGCUACUAUGACAUGAAUCGCGAGAGCAGCGUGGGCAGCACACAGGAAAUGAUGGAACGUGUGCGCCAAAUGAUGGAGUAUCCCACCAAGACCAUAUCGCAGGCUCUGCAGGAGCAGGAGCAUACCCAAGGCCAGACUCAGACUCAGGCUCAGCGCGACCAUCAGGCACAUGCACAUCAAACGCUGAGCAAGGAUUUGAGCAAUGUUAGUGGUGUCUUAUCGCAACCAGGCGCAGUCAGCAAUGGCAAUCUUGUAGUGCGUGGCGAGGACAUCAAAAGCGAAGCUUUGCCGGCACCAGCAACAGCAGCAACAGUAGUUGAUGGCGAUGGCGAGGACAUCUAUGUGAACAGCCUGGGUGAGCUGUCCUCCGAUCCGGGCAUAGAGUUUGACCACACAAAUGCGCACAUCAUUGCCGAAUAUCCCCGGGAGUAUCACUACCAGAAGCAGAAGAACUUUGCGGAGCGCGUCAAUGCGGGCCUUGAGCUGCUGAGCGACAACUCAGCCGCAUCCAAUGAGCAAAUGGCGCCCGAUUACAUUAAACAAAUACGCAAUACUAAGGAGGAGGCCACCCAGCUGGAUCUUGUAUCCAAUAUCAAUAAUUUGCUGGAGGAGGUGUCCAUCGAUCUGGACCCCAGCGUCUCGGGCUACCAGUCGAUGAGUCCGCAGAAGGUUAAGCAACCAUUUCGAUUCCUAAGUCGCGGAUUCGCCAUGCAAACGAACGAAAAGGAUGGCGGCAAAGGCGCCUCAUCCUAUGUGUACAAUAAACCCAAACAGACGCCGGGCACAGUCAGAUUUACGCCCAAUGAGUUACCAUUUGAAGCUGCCAAAGACACUGAACAUAAGCUCAAAUUUAAUAAUGAUAAAACCACAAGCAGCAGCACAACCACAACCACAACCACGAGCACAACUACUGAAGCGCCCAUUGCCGAUGCAAUUGAAGAAUUGUUUAUAGCGCCCACAUUGCCGCCAGCGUUUGCUGAAGAGGAUACAACCACAACUGCCACAUUUGGUAGCACAAUUGAGCCAGCUCCGCUUGGCUACGGCAGCGAGCUGCCCGUCAUAGAAUCCAUUGGCCAGGCCGCUGCGCUGACGGCUAGUCUGACGCUAAGCGAAGAUCUGCAGCAGGAGCAGGCACCGCUGAGUGCCGCGGCAGCUGAUAAAACGGAUGUGGAUCUGCGGGCGGAGAAGCUGCUGCUGGCGGGCGUCAAGCUGACCUCGCACGCUGAGGAGACAGCGCUGCGCACCAAUAAACUGACGCUGGGCAGGCCAGCAACGAGCACCACCACCACCACAAUGAAACCGACAACCACGCCUGGGAUGAGCACCUCCACAGAAACCGUCACGGAGAUAAGCAGCACGCAGGAGCGCAUACGCAGCUAUCGACGCUUUGUGCAGAAACGCGUGGGUGGCUCGGGCAGCGCACUGCGACGCCAAUUGCCGCCGGGGCGCAGCACCACACCGAGAACCACCAAAGCCACCAGCACACCACGCUCAACCACGCCCACACGCAGCUAUUCGGAACGCCUGGCGGCAAGUCGUUUGCGCCUCUCGCGCUUAUCGCUGGCCACCAAGCCCACCACAGCUAAGAUAACCACAGCAGCAACCACCAGCAGCAGCAGCAGCAGCACAGCUGCAACCACAACAAGCAGCACAACAAGCACCACCAGCACCACGGAGUCACCUUUGUCCUAUGUGCGCGCUGGUGCCGAUCAGGGUCCCAAUAAAAAGAUCUCUGUGCGCGACAUUGAGCGGGAAACGGGCCAGCAGCGCGCAAGCUGGGACAGCGUGCAGAGCAAUUUGCAACGUUUCCAAGUGCAGCGCGGUAAUCGCGUCUACACGCCAGUAACACGCGCCACCUCCAGCCCCACCACACCCACCAGCAGCAUCAGCAGAGCCAGCACCACCAGCUUGACUUCCAGACCCACUGUCGCCGCCAGCGUACAACAGCGUGGACGCAAUCGUCAUGCCACCUACAGAACACAGGCACCACAGCAGCGCACACGCGGCACCACCACACCGCGUAGCACCACUAGCACACAACGCACCACAGUGGCCGCAUUGUCUACGCUGUCGCAACAAAUCUCUGCCUUGGCCGCCGGCUACAGUUACGCACCACCACUCAUACACAAUAAUGCACCCACAACCGCUCAAACUGUCAUUGUGAGCGGCACACAACCACAAGCACAACCACAAGCACAAACACAACCACCAACACAACAGCAAUUACAGCUGACACAAAUCACUUCAAGCCUUAAUCCUUCCUCUGCUUUCCUGCCCUUUGAUAAGCUAACGCGUGCCAUUGUUGAUGACUCCAUUUUACAGAACUUUAAGAGCAACCACGCCUAUAGAGGCGCUGCCAAUGGCUACAGCAGCAACACCCAGCAGCAGCAACAGCAGCGCGUUACGAAGCCGACAACAAGCCACAGCUAUCAUUAUCCCAAGCCUACAGCAACAGCAGCAACGGCAACAGCAGCACCAGCUCUGGCUAGUCUACGCAUACCACAACGCACGCAGCAGCAACAGCUACCGCAGUUGGUGCUGCCCACUCAGCCGGGCAUUGUUAUUGCUCGUGCAGAGGGACAACGCAUUGCACCCAGCUCCGCCAAUACCAUCAUCUCCUCGCUGGUCAAUCAGCCACAAACAAAGACUCCUCAGUCCAACUCCUAUGUGGCGCUCAACGAUUUUAUCAACAAUAAAUUUGGCAGCAGCAGCAACACUGCAGGUCCCACCACAAUACAGCAGCAGCAACAGCAACAUUCGCUUGUUCCUCAGCAGCAGCCGCAACAGUCCCAUCAACUGCAGCUAUUGCAGCAACAGCAACAUCAGCGUCCGCCACAGCAACAGCAGCAGCAACUUGAACAACAUCAGCAACAGCAACAUAAGCAGCAGCAACAUCAACGUCAGCCACUUAAACAGCAACAACAGCAGCUGAGCUACAUCACCCAGCGCUAUCAACAGCCAGCACAACAGCAUUACCACUCACAAUACCAGCAACAGCCUUAUCAACAGACGCAACAGUUGCAACACUUUCAGCAGCAACAACAACAAUCUGACCGUCCCUCCAUACAGUCCAUACAACAGCCCUAUCUGACGCCCAACAUUUUUGUGCCCUAUCAGCAACAGCAACAACAUUUGCCCUUAUUUCCACCGCUGGCAGCAGCAGCCGCACCUAGCUUGGCCCAAACGACGCGUGUGGCUAACGGACCCGGUCAGCAGUUGGAUCAUUUGAAUGUGCCACUGCCGGCACUGGCCAAUGGCUUGAUACCAGCGCCAACAUUGCAGGUGGCACAAAAACGCAGCGAUGUCAAAGUCGGCCAGCUGCAGCUGAGCAGCAGCAGCAAGAUAAUGGAUCAGGGUCAGGAGAUGUCCUUUUAUGCGGGCCGUACAUCCUAUGAAGUGCCACAGAGCAGCGUGGGCCGUUUGCCUAAUGAUAUAACGCAGCAGCGAAGACUGCGCCAGCGACGCUACUAAGGAUGAGGAUGAGCAGCUCCUCCUGCUGCGGACGACGUGAGAUUACUACUACAAAAGCUAAGU